GCUGGGAACAUGCAGUCCAGAGAAGACAGUUCAGAUGGAAAGAGACAGUGAGUGGAGCAAUCACAGAGCAGUAGGAUAACGUUACACAAUAUACCGCCUCUGGCUGCGGUCACUCUGCUCUGGCAAUAGAGUCAAUGGGAAGACUUUAAUCAGAAAUUGAUCUGAAUCACCUGCGAGCGCUAUAUGGACACCUCGUUAUAAACAACAGGACUUGGAAACCAUUACUGGGCUAGCUAACUUCCUGAGAAAGACGAAAGAGCCACUUCAUCCCGGGGAUCCGAUCCUAAAGCCAUUCCCAGCCCUUUACAGGGAGGACUGCCAGGUUUUGCAUUGAUAUUUCAGGCUACGCUGGUGAAUUAGAACAGAGAGCCCAAGCACGGUAUUUAUUUUGGAAAGCAAAAGCACUUUCAUCACUGACUGAGCUACCUCAGAAUUCACAAAGCCAAUUGAUCGCUGUCAGAUUUGUUUCCUCCUGUUACUAUUGCUACCUUGCCUCUGAGUGUUGGAUCUCCACUAUUGCAGAAGCUGCCCUGGUCUUUGGGCUGCUCCCAGACUGAGGGGAACACGGCCCGAGAGUCCUUUAUUUGUUGCAGAGCCAUCGCUAGUGUGGGGCUGCUGUCACCUGGCCAGCCAGAGACAAUGGUGCACUGUGCUGGAUGCGAGAGGCCCAUCCUGGACCGCUUUUUGCUGAACGUGCUGGACAGGGCUUGGCAUGUCAAGUGUGUACAGUGCUGUGAAUGUAAAUGCAACUUAACGGAAAAAUGUUUUUCUAGAGAAAGCAAGCUUUACUGUAAGAACGACUUUUUCAGACGCUUUGGUACCAAGUGUGCUGGCUGCUCCCAGGGAAUCUCCCCCAGUGACCUGGUCAGGAGGGCAAGGAGCAAAGUGUUCCACUUGAACUGUUUCACAUGUAUGAUGUGUAACAAACAGCUUUCAACUGGCGAGGAGCUCUAUGUCAUUGAUGAGAACAAGUUCGUCUGCAAAGAAGAUUACCUAAACAACAAUAACAACGCUGCCAAAGAAAAUAGUCUUCUAUCAGUAACAGGCAGUGACCCCAGUUUAUCUCCUGACUCUCAAGACCCAUCUCAAGAUGACGCAAAGGACUCUGAAAGCGCUAACAUCUCAGAUAAGGAGGCUGGGAUUAACGAAAACGAUGACCAGAACCUAGGGGCAAAGAGGAGAGGACCCCGCACCACUAUCAAAGCCAAACAGCUUGAGACCCUGAAAGCAGCCUUUGCAGCUACACCUAAACCAACGCGACACAUUAGAGAGCAGCUGGCCCAGGAGACUGGCCUCAAUAUGCGGGUCAUACAGGUGUGGUUUCAGAACCGACGAUCCAAAGAGCGGCGCAUGAAGCAGCUGAGCGCCCUGGGCGCCCGCCGGCACGCCUUCUUCAGGAGCCCGAGGAGAAUGAGGCCGCUGGUGGACCGGCUGGAGCCGGGGGAGCUCAUCCCCAACGGACCGUUCUCAUUCUAUGGAGAUUAUCAGAGCGAAUAUUAUGGCCCGGGAAGCAACUACGAUUUUUUUCCUCAAGGACCUCCGUCAUCACAAGCCCAAACCCCAGUAGAUAUGCCAUUUGUACCUUCAUCCGGACCUGCUGGAACUCCACUUGGUACAAUGGACCACCCAUUACCCGGGCAUCACCCGUCUAGUGACGCCCAGCGUUUCACAGACAUCAUGUCCCACCCUCCAGGAGACUCUCCCAGCCCAGAGCCCAACCUGCCCGGCUCUAUGCACUCAAUGUCCGCAGAAGUUUUUGGCCAGAGUCCUCCUUUUUCUACUCUAUCAGUCAAUGGGGGUGCAACAUAUGGGAACCACUUGUCACAUCCAGCAGAAAUGAACGAAGCGGCUGUCUGGUAGUUUAUUCAUAAUCAAAGAGCACCCAUUAGACUGGCGCAUAUUCCCAUCUCUCCGGACAAUGCCAUGGUGUUUAGAACUGGCAAAUCUAUAUUAUAUCCCCAGUCUGAAACAACAUUUUUUGGGGGGAUUGAAAUACGUUGCGGGAGAAUGCCUUGGAAUUAUUGGAGCAAAAGAGAUCCCAAGCAUACCUUGUGUAGGGUCAGAUCUAAAACUGGAGAAGCUAUCAUUUGAAGUGCUGCAAUGCCAGGAGAUCACUUACAUGGUACCAAUAGCUGGUAGCAAUCACAAUCUUUAAUUCCAUAAACACGGCUACAAUGCCCUAGAGCACCCUUGUUAGGGAAUGUUGUAUCCUGGAUCAGUGUGUCUAUUUCCUGCACCUUAGAGGUUGAGAAAAUUAGCAUAAGCUUCUAUAUAUAUAUAAAUAUAUACACCUGAGUUACAGGUGGAACAAAACGUUUAUUUGCCAAAAUAUCAAAUACAACAAUGUAAAGCCCUCAGCAUCAACUCUUCUACCUUUUACAAAGCUACUGACACAAAUGUAGUAUCCUCACGCUGAAGGUCUGCUACCAGGCCUGCUACAAGACUGACUUGAAAUAGAUUCUACCUUCAUUGAUAACGAAAACUAAAAGACUAUUGAACUAAAACAGUCAACUGUUUACGUAUGACGUUAAAUUCAGGAGCCUAACGUUUUAGUAAUAAUCCAGUUUUAGAAACCUCUGUAAAAAAAAAGAAACAAAAAAAAACAAACAAAAAAAGCAAAAGUUUCGAGCAAUCAACCAAAUGAUUCAUUUUCUUUGUUUUGUUUUCUGUGGAUGUAACGGGACUGAUUGAAAGGAAUUUUGGUACAAUGUGCUCGUUGUUAUAGGGUGUUAUUUACAGAAGGCAAAAGAAAGUGAACAAAAAGUGAGGUGCCAAAUAAAAUAACUUAAUAGCACAAAAAUACUGUAAGGUGCGCAAGCGCCAAUCACCAUAGAAAGUGUUUAAAAUGUGUUACACGGUUCAAAAUAUUUCAUAUACUUUUUAGUCCUGUUGAACAUCCAUUGACUUGUUAAUGGCUUAUAUAGAACCAGGCAGGUUUUAUUUUUGUGUCCUUAAAGAAAGUCCAAAAUAUUUAAAUUUUAUGGUCAAAUAUGCAGUUCCGAGCUGCGUUUUCUUUAUAUAUUAAAUUUCUCAUACGUCUUUUAUUGUUAUUAUAAGCCUAAGCUUGUGUGACCUCCAGUGCAUAUUAGACCAUUCACUGUAUGAAAGGAAAAUAUGUUGAUAAAUUUGUGAAUUUUUAAUAAAAAAUAGAACAUCUGAUGUUUAGAUAAUUUGUAUUUCAUUGGGUGUUUCUAAGAUUGUUUGGCUGGCCAAAAUCAUGAAUACAUAUUUCUGUUAUUUGACUCUGUUUACACUUUUUUUAUUGCCUUAAAAAAUAGACAAAAAGAAAUACGGUUUAAAAUUAUUUAUUUAAAGGGAACUACUCUGGAA